AUGCCCAUACUCCAGCCCAAGCUUAUUGUGGGUCUGGAUACCAGGAUUCCCUGCAAUAUACAUUUCCUGAACGACGACGAAGUCAUAUACCCCGCUGGGGCCGUGAUAGUCGUUCACAAUUUUCACGUGAAGAAGCAGAAGUUCAUAAAGCUGGCAGAUAAGGGAAAGAAUCUGACCCACUUGAAACUGAGCCCAAAUAAAAAAACAAUCGCCAUCGUAGAAAACACCGAAAAGCUCCCAAUGGUCACCCUGUGGUGUCCCAUUCAGUUCAAGAAGAAGAAGACGCUUAUCCUACCCCCCGACAAGGAUAUCAUUGCUCACAGGUUUGUCUCGGUAGACUUCACAUUCGACUCCAAGUACUUGAUCUGCGUAACUGGCGAGCCUGAUUACACAAUGUACUGUUUUAAAUGCGACAAAGGGCGAUUGGAGAGCUUCGCAAGAGCCAAUAAUCUAAAUGGAACCGGCACUGUUACCCAGGUGGCUUGCAAUCCCUCUGACGCCAACCAGGUGGCGCUGGUGGGCGACAGCGUGCUGCGCUGCCUUGGCUGUCAGGAUUACUCGUGGCGCCAGUUUGGCUACAAUAAAUUCGACCCCACGGUCUUCACUAGUUGUUGCUGGUUGUCCCAAGACAGGCUCAUGGUGGGCAGCAACAAGGGAAAGAUAAUGAUCUUGGAGACGGGGGAGCUCAGGGCGGUUUUCAAUGCCAUGGAUCUGUCGAUUAUCAACAUGAAACAGGACGAUGAAAUGGAGGAAACGUCGCAGACCAGCGUCCAUUCGGUACAUUCCCUCCAGAUAAUCGAGGGAGACCUCCAGAACUACGAAAUUCGGGCUCUGGUCUGCUUCAGCAGGGGCUUCGCCUUCGGUUUCAUGAACGGCAAAGUACACCUCUACGAGAAAGAAACCGUGAACAAGUACAAGAAGAGAGGCAUCUUCGUGGUGCCCGACAGGACCAUAAAAAGGGAAUACGAAGAAAUGCCCAAGGUCCUCACGACCAUCAACACCAUAGCAUUCAAUCCAUCAGAAGACAGAUUAUUGGUAAGCUGUGAGGAGAUGCAGUUGUGGACUUCUAGGAUGUACGUCAAUGAUACUGGUUUUAACACUGAGAUAACCAUGAGGGAUUUUGGGUAUCCAAUGCAUAUGGGCCCUGUGGGAUGUCUGGCACUAUGCCGAUGGAAACCCAUUGCAGUGACAGCCGGCACCCGCGACCGAUCAAUAAAAAUAUGGAAUUACGAGACGGGCGAAGUAGAACUGAUCCACUCAUUCGAAGACGACAUAUACUCGGUAGCCCUGCACCCCACUGGACUCUAUGCGGUCAUUGGCUUUUCCGACAAGCUGCGCUACAUGACCAUUAUGAUAGACGACCUGAUCAUGACCAAGGAGUUCCAUAUAAGGACCUGCAGGAUGACCAGCUUCAGCAGAUUGGGUCAUCUCUUUGCAGCCGCCAACGCCAACGUUAUCCAGAUUUACUCCAGCAUUACCUUCGAACAGCUGUACGUCCUCAAGGGACACAACGGAAUUAUUAAAGGCAUGUCUUGGUGCCACGACGACAGCAUCCUGGCUACGUGCGGAUCUGAGGGUGCGGUGUACGCAUGGGAAGUGGGAAAGGCCGCCAGGAUGGCGGAAACCAUCAUAAAAUCCAACCACUUCACGGGAGUGGCUUUGACCAGAGACGGGAAGAGUAUCUUCGCGAUUGGCCUCGACGGACACUUGAGGGAGCUGAUGAGCUCCAAUGUUCAUCGGGAUCUCGUCCUAGCACCCUCAAUAACCUUGGACGAUAUCGCGUUGUCCCAAUUGGAUACGAUGCUCUUCGUAACCGGUAAUUCCGGAGUCAUCUACGUCGUCAAAAUGCCACUUCUGGAAAAGGCCGAGUAUGUUGAAUAUAUCAUGCACAACUGUACCCUCACCAAGAUGUGUCUCUCGGCUGACGACAGAUACCUAGUGUCUGCUUCUGAGAACGGUAUUAUCUGCUUCUGGAAGUUGUUGAAUAUCGAAGACAAAACCGUCCAGUACGAUGCGGACAUAGCCGCUUCCCACGAGAUCCUCAUAUCCAGGCAAAUCCUCGAAGAUAAGAUAGACAUGAUCAAGAACCUCCAGUUGAGGAUGAGGGAACUAGAGACGGAGCACUCCUUCCAGAUGAGACAGAACGACGCCUUGUACUCGUCCAAGAUCAAAGACAUCCACAGCGAGUACUGCCAGGCCAUAGAGGAACUGAAAAGCAAGAACGAGCAAAUGGAAGGAGACCACUUGCAAGAAAUCAACAACCUGAACGUCCUGAUCAACAAGAUGAGGAGCGAUCAUGAGAUUGCCAUUCAGAAGCUGGAGGACAACUACAACGAGAAGCUGAUAUAUGAGUACAAUAAGUUUCACAGGUACGAGACCAAGAUGGACAGCUUGCUGCAAGAGCAGGAGUCGAAGUUCGAGGCGAUAAAAAAGGCGAAGAAAGAAUCGGAGGAGACGAUGGUCGCGGAUUUUAAUCAGAAAUUCAACGACAUGAUAGUACACAAAGAGGAGCUGGUGGAGGAGAUUCAGCAGAAAUCCAAGGAGCACGAGAUGAUAGUGCAGCAAAUCGAGGAUGACGUCGAUAGAGAAAUUUACGAAUUGAAAGAAUCCCACGAAAAAGAACUAAGAGAAGAACAAGAUCUAAACGUCCGGCUGCGUGGCGAAGCGGCGGUGUUGAAGAAAAAAUACCUAGCCGCCCAGAAAGAAACGAACGAUUUGAAGCAGAGGGUGUUUACUUUGGACAACGAGCAACUGAAGUUCAGAGCCACUAUCCUGAACCUGGACAAGGAGAUUCUGGAUCUAAAAAAAGAGAUGCAGGAAAGGGAUCAGACCAUCGAAGAGAAGGAAAAAAGGAUCUUCCAGCUGAAGAGCAAGAACCAGGAGCUGGAAAAAUUCAAAUUCAUCCUAGACUUCAAGAUCAAGGAACUGAAGUCCCUGAUAGAACCCAAAGAAAAGACCAUACAGGAACAGGUGACGCAGAUCAACGAGAUGGUGAGGGAGCUGGAGAAUUUACAGAAAAUAAUAUUGGGAUUGGACCUGCAACUGGCUGAGCUGCGCGAGAAGCUGGCCGCUUCUAAUAACGAGGUGAAAAAGGAGAUCGAAAAGAACGCCAGGAUGAAGAAGGCGUUGCAAAACAUCAGAAUCGACAUUCACCACGCCAGCAGCUAUAUUCAGAACGUGCCCCGAUUGCAGAGAUCAGUGAGGGAUAUGUACCACAAAUACAACGCAGACAAAGACUUCGAGGUCACCCAAGCCGAGGACACAGAAGCCAGAAGUGAAUUCUUGAGGCAAAGAGACUUCUUAGAGAGGACCGUGUCGACCUUACACUACCAGGCCACUAAGAAUGCAAACCUGUUGGGCUACGACAAAGUACGACUUGUAGAAGAAAACGCGCAGCUUCUGGUUGAAACUAAUCAGCUGAGGAAGAAUCUGCGGGAAUCGACUGAUCAGACGAAAAAAAUGCAAGCGUUAGUUGGGUUGUCGUACAUUUCUCCUAAGAUGGCUCAGAAGAAAGUGAAUUUGGCCACGGAUACGAAUAUAGAAAUUCACAACACGUACAAGUCGAAAUUAGAGGAAGACGAUAAGGCAAUAAAAGCUUUGAGGGAAGAGAACAACAGGCUUUUAAGUAAAAUUACUGAACAGGACAUGAUAGAAUCGGAAUCGGAACAAGACGACCUUUUAGCUCUGUGA